AUGCCCGAGAACAGCGGGCUGGCGGCCCGAUUCCCGGGGGAACUCCCCCCGUCGACGCCUCCUGACGGCCGGAGAACUGCGGGCUUGCGCCGGCCGUCCCAGAUAAAACUCAUGGGCGGUGGCUCUCAGCAAUCCACCGCACAAGGUUGCCGCGAGAGGACGGGUGUGGGGCCUCCAGCUGCUGGGAAUGUGGAGAGAGGUGACGAUGCACUGUGCACGGCGCGGAUCCUUCGUCGGCUCCCGUGCCUGCUUGGAGCCGCUGAAGAGUCUAUCCGGAUAAAUUCAUUCGAGUCAGCGGCGCAGCGCCGUACGCCAGACGCCUGGAACAGCGUCUCCCCCGUUGAUCUCCCCGAUCAGCAUUAUUAUCUAAGUUUAAUGGAUGCGGUGAUGCAGCUGUCAGAGCGUGGCACGCAAGGGCUGCCGGGGGGGGGGGGGUUUCGAGCGUGCUUCGACAAGGCUUCUGCGAGGUUCUCCCGCGGGCCCAGCGAUCAGCCGGCGUGCAUCACUGCAUGGGGCUCGGAACAGCCAGCCAAUAUCCAUGCCAAGCUCUGCGAUCAGUGCAGAAUGGAUUAUGGCAGAGCCAACAACUUGCUCCUUCCGGACCGUGCAAUCAGCGCCCGGGCCGCCGGCCUGUUGGUUUGUCAGCAGACAACAGGCUGUCCCAUGGAUACUGCAAACUCCUCGACAACCCGCCCCCAAGGCCUUGGGUCCCGACUCUCGACUCUCGACUCUCGCUGGGAAUGCCUUCCCCGUACCUAUCGACUGUCGAGCGUCGUGGAAGGCAUCUCGCGCCGGGUGGCCGGUGACGACCCGCUGGAGCUGGACUCUGGAGAUCCGCGAGAUCAGGCCUGCAGCACGGCCAGCGAUCCUCCGGCCUACGAUCAGCCGUUAACGGGGCAGAGAGGGCACUGUGACAGGUCCAGGCGAGAGCCACCGUUCGCGAUCGACCGUGCAAUGUGA